AGUGGUAGAAGGUGAGGAAGUAUGCUCAUCUUAUCAGUACAUGCAAUACUUACAUAACGGAAAAUGGCAGCUCCACCUUCGUCAUCAUUAAUUGCAGUAUUGCUUGCUUCAACGUGUCUUCUAGUGCCAGUACUCGGUGAUUGUCGAGAUGGAUGGACAAAAUUUCAAGAAAGCUGCUAUCUGUUUGCAAGUGACCAAGCAAGUUGGCCAGAAGCUGCGGCAUUCUGUGUUACUAUGAAUUCAAAUUUGGUUGAAAUAGAAAGCGCCACUGAGAAUGCAUUCAUAGAAGGAGAGCUGAAGAUUAUUCACGGUCAUGAUUCUCAUGCUCAAAAUCAGAACGAAGUUUCCUACUGGUUGGGAGGAAAUGACCUAGAGGUGGAAGGAACUUUCAAGUGGGCCAGAAGCGGAGAAUCUGUGACAUUUACGGAUUGGAAUCCAGGGCAACCAGAUGAUUUUCAUUCAGGAGAAGACUGCAUGGAACUUCAGGGAGCCAUGGACUAUCAUUGGAACGAUUUACCAUGUACUGCCAGGCAUCGGUUUAUAUGUGAAUCCCCGGUGACAGACGAAGGAGCCAUAUCAAAUGUGAUUGGAUGACGAUGAUGAUGUAAUUUAUCCUUUCAAUUAUUUCUCUUUCACAGAGUAAACGCAUCAACGAAAAUAAA